AAUUUUUUAGCUAACCUCUCUUCUUUCCAUCUUUUUCGUUGUUCUUUAUAUAAACGAUUAGUUUCUUUCCAAGUUUUUGGCGUAGGAAUUGCUGGUGACAUAAUUUUGUAUUUUUUCUUUUCAAAUACCAAAAAACGUAAUUAUUCACAAUAUCUUCUAAAAACGUUCACGAACUAUUUUAAAAUAAAUUUCAAAUGAACUACAUUUACAACGUUACGUUUUAUGUGAUAGCAAGUUUGUAUUUUUUCACUGUGUGAAAUAUUUUUUAAAUUUUUAUCAAAUUUUUGCAAAUAUUAAAUUAUGACCACAGAAGAAGGUUUUGAACAGUUUGAAGAUGAGGAGGCCGAAAUUCCAAUUGGUGGAACUUUACCUGGUGGUAGAAAACGAUUGUUUUCGAAAGAACUACGCUGUAUGAUGUAUGGUUUUGGCGAUGAUCAAAAUCCUUAUACAGAAAGUGUAGAUUUAUUAGAAGAUCUUGUUAUUGAAUUUAUUACUGAAAUGACACACAGAGCUAUGGAAAUUGGUCGUACUGGUCGUGUUCAAGUAGAGGAUAUUGUAUUUUUAGUUAGAAAAGAUCCAAGGAAAUAUGCAAGAGUUAAAGAUCUUCUAACAAUGAAUGAAGAAUUAAAGAAAGCUAGAAAAGCAUUCGAUGAAGUUAAAUAUGCAGAAUAACAUGAGAGACUCCUACACCGUGGUAUGAAGAACCACACAGCCCCAAAGGUAUUUUAUGCGCGGAGAUAUAAUCGUGGAUACGAGUUAACCGUUGUGCGUGACCAAUUACAUAUUGUGGAAUACAGUCUUUCAGAAUGGAAACAUUACAUAUCUUGGGAUCUUCAUUAAUGCAUAAAAGUUUAUUUACAUAUUUAA